ACUGCAACAUUGCAGCUUCUUCUGUGGUCCAAAGUGAAUGCUGAAUUUGAAAGAAAAACGGGAGGAUUCUGGAGUGGACUGGACAUUCAUCUUGAAUCCUGAUGCGCAGUGGAGUGUGUUUAGGAUCGUCUCCUCCCCUGUUUCUGCAGUCAACACCGCUUUUCCCAGCGCUCAUCGCCAACGCUGCCCAAGAUAAGAAGACUUCCAUGAACACCGCUCUUUUCGUUGUCAAGCAGCCGCUUCAGCUUCAUCUCCAGCAGCUUGUGAUGUGAGCAGCUCAGGUCCGUCCAUUCACGCCGAACCUCGUGGGGCUUAUUGGAUUUGACUGCGUUAACGUAGACGGCACAUCUGUUUCUUCAGAUAAAUACACCUCAACUCCUUGAUCCCAAGCGGACUCGUUCAGCGGAGACCAGUCUGGACGCGGUCAGACAUUAAUUUUUUUUUGUUGUAUUUUUUAUUUUCUGCAUCAACGUUCGCGGGCUGAGGAUGGAGCUGGAGACGCAUCCUGGUGUGUGAGGAGCACUUGAGGCUUGCAGAAGGUGUCGCUGCCGUUCCAUGCUGGGGUUUUUAAUGCGAGGACCUCAUCAGAGUGUGUUAAGUUUGCUGAGGCAAGAGAACCUGUCUGGAGCUGGAGGAAGGAGCGACUGGUAGAAGCCCUAACAGCAGCGCAACAAGCCGCCGCCGCCGCCGCCGCCGCCGCCGCUGUGAGACCAGCGGGGUCUGUCUCCGCUGGAGCUGAUGCUCGGUCCACUUCCCAGAUCUAGCACUGAGCCGAGACACAAGGAUCGGAAGGCUCCACUCCUCAACUGCACCUACAACUUUAAAAUUCAGAACCAACCCAUGUGAUGAGGCUUGAGCUCCAGCAUUCUGAGUCACAGACCUAACACCACCAUGUACCUGCACAGGAUCAUCCUCAACCACAAUCCCUCUUUCACCACUUGUGUGUUGAUUUCCAUUCUGCUAGUUCUGCUCCCGGGAGUCACUCAGCUCUCACACGGCAGCUCCAGCCAGAACUUGAGUAACAGUGGCUCUGCUAACUGCUCCAGCGAUGAUAACUGCUCGAAUGGGGUUCUGCUGCCCAUGUGGAACCCCCAGAACCCUGCGGUGGGGGAUAAAGUGGCCCGUGCUAUUGUUUACUUUGCUGCCCUCAUAUACAUGUUCCUGGGCAUGUCCAUCAUAGCAGACCGGUUCAUGUCUUCCAUUGAGGUCAUCACCUCACAGGAGAAGGAGAUCACGAUCAAGAAGCCGAAUGGUGAGACCACAACCACUACAGUGCGCAUUUGGAAUGAGACGGUCUCAAAUCUGACCCUCAUGGCACUGGGAUCAUCUGCACCAGAGAUUCUGUUGUCGGUCAUCGAAGUGGUGGGUCAUGAUUUCGAUUCUGGCUCUCUGGGACCCAGCACCAUCGUGGGCAGUGCGGCUUUCAACAUGUUCAUCAUCAUCGCCAUCUGUGUUUAUGUGGUGCCAGAAAAUGAAACGCGCAAGAUCAAACACCUGCGGGUUUUCUUCGUCACUGCUGCCUGGAGCAUCUUUGCCUACAUUUGGCUCUACCUCAUCUUGUCGGUGUUCAGUCCGGGAGAGGUAGAGCUUUGGGAAGCCAUCCUCACCUUCCUCUUCUUCCCUCUUUGUGUCCUCCAAGCCUGGAUUGCAGAUCGACGUCUGCUCUUCUACAAGUACGUGAAUAAACGAUACCGUGCCGACAAGAACCGUGGAAUCAUCAUUGAGUCAGAGGGAGACGCCAUGUUCACCAAAAUGGACUUAGAGAUGGAUGGCCAAGGAACCAACUCUCAUGCUCACCACAAGGAGGCGCUUGACGGGAUGCUGGAGUCGGUGGAGGAAGGCGGUGGGAUGAGCGCUGAGCAGGACCAAGAGGAAGAAGCCCGGCGUGAGAUGGCUCGCACCCUCAAGGAACUGAAACAGCGGCAUCCAGAGAAAGACAUGGAGCAGCUCAUUGAGAUGGCAAACUACCAGGUUCUUGUCCAGCAACAAAAGAGCCGUGCCUUCUAUCGCAUUCAAGCCACACGUAUGAUGAUCGGAGCCGGAAACAUCUUGAAGAAACAUGCUGCCGACCAGGCCAGGAAGGUAGUGAGCUGCCAUGAGGCCACUGGGCAGGAAGAGGAUCCAAACACCAUCUACCUCCAGUUUGACCCGUCUCACUACCAGUGUUUUGAGAAUUGUGGCUCCUUGAAGCUCUCAGUCAGCCGCCAUGGAGGUGAAGGUGGCUGCACUGUGAAGGUGGACUACCGCACAGAAGAUGGCACCGCCAACGCCGGUUCAGACUAUGAGUUCGCUGAGGGCACGCUGGUCUUCAAGCCAGGUGAGACCACCAAAGAGUUCACCGUGGGUGUAAUCGACGAUGACAUCUUUGAAGAAGACGAACACUUCUAUGUAAGGCUCAGCAAUCCCAGAAUAGUCCACCGAGCUGAGGUCUCCAUCCUGGAGCCCAACUCCAUCACCUCCAGCAACAGCACCGUUGGAAUCAACUCCCACGUCCCCCCGAAGGCAGCGCUAGGAAGUGCCCACACUGCCACCGUCACCAUCUAUGACGAUGACCACGCUGGAAUUUUCACAUUCGAGAGUAACUCCACCCGGGUCAGUGAGAGCAUCGGCAACAUGCAGGUCAAAGUUCACAGGACGUCUGGAGCCAGAGGAAAGGUGGCAGUGCCUUACCACACGGUCGAGGGCACCGCCAAGGCUGGGGAGGACUACGACGAAGUGUCCGGCAAGCUGGAGUUCCAAAAUGACGAGACCAUGAAGCUGUUGAAUGUGAAGAUCAUUGAUGAUGAGGAGUAUGAGAAGAACAAGACUUUCACCAUUAUUUUGGAGGAGCCCAUCUUGCUGGAGGUUGGACAGAGACAUGGGGACACCAACGACAACAAGGGCCCUGCGGGGUCUGAGGACGUGACAAAGAUGGGCUGCCCUUGUCUGGGAGAGCACACCAAGCUGGAAGUGGUCAUCGAAGAGUCAUAUGAAUUCAAGAGCACGGUGGACAAGCUGAUCAAGAAGACGAACCUGGCGCUGGUGGUGGGCAGCAGCAGCUGGAGAGAGCAGUUUGUUAGUGCUGUAACCGUCAGUGCAGGUGAUGAUGAUGAGGAGGAGAGCGGGGAGGAGCGCUUGCCUUCCUGCUUUGACUACAUUAUGCAUUUUCUGACGGUUUUCUGGAAAGUCCUCUUUGCGUUUGUUCCGCCCACUGAGUACUGGAACGGCUGGGCCUGCUUCUUCGUCUCCAUAUCGCUGAUCGGUGUCCUGACAGCUGUGACUGGAGACUUGGCCUCUCAUUUCGGCUGCACCGUAGGUCUGAAGGAUUCCGUCACUGCGGUGGUGUUUGUGGCCCUCGGCACAUCGGUUCCAGACACAUUUGCCAGUAAAGUGGCUGCCAUCCAGGAUCAAUAUGCGGAUGCCUCCAUUGGCAACGUGACGGGCAGCAAUGCAGUCAACGUCUUCCUGGGCAUCGGGGUGGCAUGGACCAUCGCGGCAGUGUACUGGCACAGCAAGGGCAAGGUGUUUAAGGUGGAGCCCGGUUCGCUGGCCUUCUCUGUUACCCUCUUCACCAUUAUGGCACUGCUGUGUGUCAUGGUGCUGCUCUACCGCCGCCGGUCCAGUGUAUCCGGAGGGGAGCUCGGUGGCCCACGGACAGCCAAGCUCCUUACCUUCUUCCUUUUCCUCUCUUUGUGGUUCAUCUACAUCAUGUUGGCCUCUCUGGAGGCCUACUGCCAUGUGCCUGGCUUCUGAGCUGGAGGAAGCAGUGACACCACCAGCUGCACAUGUUUCUAUGAUCUCCUCUUCAUGUCACUUUUCUUACUGUUGGUACCAUUACCUCUUAGGUCACAGACUUUACUAGAGCACAAUCCUUUGCUGUGAUGGACAGCUGAAGCUAUUGGAACACAGCUUUUUUUUGUACCCUGAAACACUGAUCCAGCAACUGUGUGUGCCAUCUCUGAAUGUGAGUACAUUAGAAUGACAUGUAGGUUGACAUGAUGGCCAUAAGAGAAAAGUCUUGAUGUUUAUAACCCAAACUUUACAUUUAAUAUUCAUCUGUGAACGAUGGACACUAUCGUAUUUGAGGUCUGUAACCGAGUUUUUGUGUUUACUUUUGCACGUUUUUAAUGACAAUAUAUUGGUGAUACAUUUUUAAUUACCCUGUGAAAUGUUGACUUGACGUGUUCCUGUACAUGUGAAGCUCACUGCCUGAAGCACUUCCUCCCUUUUGGUUUUCCUUGAACCACAGUGGUGUUUGACUCAGUCAGGGGUCAAAGUGUAUUUUUUUCCAGUGUUUGAUGGUGGAGGAGAGUUACUGCUAUUAGUCGUAACACGUGUUUCUCAAAGCACAUUUUCAUAGGGGUGUGUGGUGUCUAUGUGUGAGGCUUUUCCUUGAGAUGUGAUCCCAUUUUUUUAAUGUGAAGAUGUCCUAAUAACAAAGAGAGCGACUGACGUACAUACAACUUCCACACACCUUGGGAAGAUUUUCCUAGAGAAGCACAGAGGAAGGUCAAAGAUUCGGAACAUAUGAUUGGGAUUUGAGUAUUUGAUGUGCUGAAAUUGAAGUGUGCCCCCUAGUGUCCCAACAGUUGAUAUUGAAAUGUGUUUUUUUUUUGUUUUGUUUUGUUUUUGUUUUAUUUAACCAAUGUAGAGCCAUAUUUAUUGUAAUAGUGCUGCAGUUAAAAGUAUUUCUAUGAUAUACUCUACUUUGAUUGAUAUGCACGGUUACUGUAUAAAAAGUGGAAAUAAAUGUUGCUAUAUGACA